GCCUCCCAAGGGAGGUGUUCCGGGCAUGUCCCACCGGGAAGAGGCCCCGGGGAAGACCUAGGACACACUGGAGGGACUAUGCUCCCUGUUUAGACUGUUGCCCCCGCGACCCGGCCCCGGAUAAGCGGAAGAAAAAGAAGAAGAAGAAGAAGAAGAAAAAAUAUAACUGUUUAGUUUUUCCUGUAAAUUUUACAGGAAUUUACCGUUAACCGUUUAACAGAUUUGUAUUUUUUUUCCUGUUAAAAUCACAGCCAUUUUUGAGAGUGUAAACAAGGGACUAAUUCUUUGCAGCGUAGACCGACAGAAAGAGGAAAGAGAGACACGCCUGAAUAAACAGAGGAAGAGAAGAGAGACAGACAGAGAAGAGUUAAACUCCAUUCAAACUAACUGAACAACUUCUGUAUUUAGAGAAGCUGUGAGUGACGGGAGUUUGAUAGCAGAGCAAUAAAGACACAAAACACACAGAGCAGAGAGAGAGAGAGAGAGAGAGAGAGAGAGAGAGAGAGAGAGCGAAGCGACACGCCAAAAAAGGGCUGGAGCUGGAGAAACACACACACACACACACACACAGAGACAGACGGACACAAGGACUGAGCUUCAGGAAUCAUGGAGCAGGGCUGUGGAUGAGCCGGAUCUCCAGCAUGUCCACGGGCCCCGGGCCCCCAGGGGCCACUCACGUGAACGAGCCGGAUCCGAGCGCGGCGGGUCUCGCCAAGGGCCCCGUGGGCCUACAGACACUACUGGACCUGCUGGUGGGAGUUUAUCAGGAGUUCAGCUCCGACGCUCUGCUCAGAGAGAAACAUGUGCAGCACUUCCUACAGUGGGCGGAGCCUUUGGUCAGACAGGUGAAGAAGACUCGGAUAAGCAGGAAUGACUUUGACAUCUUGAAGGUGAUCGGCCGAGGAACCUUCAGCGAGGUGGCUCUGGCUCGUAUGCGUGACACACAGCAGGUCUGCGCUCUGAAGAUCAUGAACAAGUGGAACAUACUGAAGCGUGGAGAGACGGCGUGCUAUCAGGAGGAGCGAGAGGUUCUGCUCAAAGGAGACCGGCGCUGGAUCACUGAACUACAUUACGCUUUCCAGGACGACGAUUACCUCAAAUGCUAUCUGGUCAUGGAUUACUAUGUCGGUGGAGAUCUGCUGACGUUGCUGAGUAAGUUUGGUGAUCGGAUCCCGGAGGACAUGGCUCAGUUCUACCUGGCCGAGAUGGUGACGGCCAUCGAUUCAGUCCACAGACUCGGUUACGUGCACAGAGACAUCAAGCCUGACAACAUUCUCCUGACGGCAGAAGGUCACGCUCGGUUGGGGGAUUUUGGCUCCUGCCUGCGUCUGGAGGAUGACGGCCUGGUCCACUCGUCUCUGGCCGUGGGGACUCCAGACUAUCUGUCUCCAGAGAUCCUGCGGGCGGUGGAGGCGGGCGGAGGCUACGGCUCUGAGUGUGAUUGGUGGGCUCUGGGCGUCUGCGCCUACGAGAUGCUGCUGGGAACCACACCCUUCUACGCCGAGUCCAUCUCCGAGACCUACGCCAAGAUUAUACACUUCAAGGAUUAUUUUGACUUUCCUCCGGGGUCGGAGGUGUCCGAGGAGGCACGGUCCCUCAUCAGCGCUCUGAUCUGUGACAGGAGCGAGAGGCUGGGCUCCACGGGGCUCGGGGACUUCAGAAAACACCCGUUCUUCACAGGUUUGGACUGGAGUUCCCUUCAUCUCCUCCCUCCUCCGUACCGUCCCGAUGUCUCCGACGCCACAGACACCUCCAACUUCGACGUGCUGGACGACUGCCUGAGCCACACGGAGAGCCUGAGCGAGGCGACGGAGCGAGCGCCGGUCGGGCUUCAUCUGGCGUGUGGAUACUCUUACACAGCCACCAGAGAGACGGGAGCGCUGGACCGCAGCAGACACAUCAUGAUGGAGAUCAACCAGCAGCAGGAGAGAGAUCUGCUCCACCUGCAGGAAAAACUGCAGUCUGAAUCAGAUGUCGGUGUGAACGAGCUGCAGAAUCAGGUGUGGCAGCUCAGAGAAUCCGUCACCGCUGAGCUGAUGUCACUUCCUGAACUUCCUGCUGAGCCAGAGACGGAGCAGAGGGACACACACGCUUAUGAGCUGCAGCGGCGUCUGCACAAGGCCGAGCACAGGAACAAAGAGCUUGAGCAGGAGAUGACCGAACUGAGAGAAGAGAUCCUCAGACUGACCGCCGGCAGAAACCAAGAGCUGUGUGUGUGUCGGUGUCUGGGCAGUCAGGACUCCGUGUGGGACAGCUCCGUGACGCCCCCUGCCUGCCAUUACCCGCUAGUGACGGCCCUGCACCGACACCUGGUGCUCUUCAACAGGGUGCGCAGGCCUCAGGUGAGGAGUGAGUCGUAUCUGCUGGUCUGCGCUGAAGGGACUGAACUACAGCUGUGGGAGCGACACGGCAGCGCCCGAUCUGUGCUGAAGAGCACUGAGAGUCGCAGUCUGAUCUCUUCUUCUCCGCUCUUCAGCUCUAUAAAAGCCUUUAAACGCACUUGA